AUGAAGGUCUGGAACGUACCCAUUGCGUGCCGAAUGUUCAGGUAUGCACUCGAAGGAGAUGCUAGAGAAUGGCUAAAAAGUGUUACAAAGGGGUCCAUAAGCAGUUUUGAAGACCUCAAAGAAAAAUUUAGGGCCCGUUUUAGCAAGCAGAAAAAACAUAAGAAGAUUUAUGUAGCCACCCAUGGGGUGAAACAAAAAGAAACGGAACCGUGUAGGACGUUUCUUGAUAGGUUCACCACUGAAACAGAAGACAUCAUGGAUCUUCCUGAGUCACAAAGGAUAUCAGCAUUACUACAUGGUCUCCGAAGAAGAAGACUAGUCGAAUUUCUAUAUAAAGAUCUCCCGAAGACAUACGAGGCUGUCCAAAAAAGAGCAUACGUAUAUCUAGAUGCAAGGGACACCGCACCAACAGGAGACAUUAGCCCACCGCAUGAUAAGGAGGCCCAUCCACAAAGGAAAGGAAAAUGGAAUAACGAGAGAGAAAGGCCAAGGGAUCAUGGCCACGACACGAAUGCAUGCUGGCAACUUAAAAAAGCUAUUGAAGAAGCAAUCAAUGAAGGAAAGCUAUCACACCUGGUAAAAAGUGUCAGGCAACAGUACCCCAAGAAAGAAGACGACGCGGAUGAUAAGAAAAAGGGUCCGGAUAAAACAAUUUACACAAUCAUGAAGAAGAAAAUAGGACACUCGCCCCGGAAGGCCUAUAGGGGAAGCAUGCCAAGCAUCACGUUUCCACCUAUAUACAAUGGUAGGAUCUUUAGAGACCCCCUGGUAAUUUCAGCAUUCUUAGGGGUCUCAAAAGUAAAAGAAAUGGUCGUAGACACCGGGAGUGAAUGUAACGUCCUGUACGAAGAAGUAUUCUGGAAGCUAAAUCCUCUGUCACGAAUGAACUUCAGGAAGGCAGGGGCUUCGAUUCAACGUUACUCUGGUGACAUAGCUGAACCAUUGGGAAAGUUUUCUAUACAAACAACGAUCGGAAAAGGACAUUUGAAACGAAAGGAAAAAAUUACGUUUACAGUUGUCAGCAGGACAUCGCCCUUUCAAGCGAUCCUGGGAAGACCGGGAAUCCAGAAGUUUGGACUUAUCCCAUCUGUGAUGCAUGGCCUAGUCAAAUAUGAAACAAAUGGAAAAAUAGCAACUUUGGUAGGAAAGGCUAAAAAGCUCUCCGACGGAGGCCAAGAUGGUUGUCAAGAAAUAUCUAUGAGCGAUAUGCCAUACUAUGGAUAG